GUUUCCGAGACGUUCAGGGUCUAAACGGGUGCAGCAGCCGCGUCUGCAUGUUGCUGCCGAUUCCUGCACAGAACCGUCUUCUACCGCCCCCGAAUGAAGAUUAACAGGUAUGCCAAAGGAAAAAUAUGAUCCUCCAGAUCCCCGCAGAUGUUACACCAUCAUGUCAGCUGAGGAGGCGGCGAGUGGGAAGAAGUCUCACUGGUCCGAGCUCGAGAUAUCCGGGCGGGUGAGGAGCCUGAGCACCUCGUUGUGGACACUCACCCACCUGACGGCGCUGCACAUCAAUGACAACAACCUGACCCGCAUCCCGCCAGACAUCGCCAAGCUGCCCAACCUGGUCUACCUGAACCUGUCGUCCAAUAAGCUCCGCAGUCUGCCCGCCGAACUCGGCAACAUGGUCUCUCUCAGGGAAUUGCUUUUAAACAAUAAUCUCUUACGAGUUCUGCCUUAUGAACUUGGAAGGCUUUUCCAGUUACAAACCCUGGGGCUGAAAGGAAAUCCUUUGUCCCAAGACAUCCUGAAUUUGUACCAGGAGCCGGACGGAACCAGAAAGCUUUUGAACUACAUGCUCGACAAUCUAGCAGUGCACCCAGAGCAGCUCCCCCAAAGACCCUGGAUCACUCUGAAGGAGCGAGACCAAAUGAUCCCCACCGCUGUCUUCACGGUUAUGUGCUACAACGUGCUGUGCGACAAGUACGCCACGCGACAGCUGUACGGCUACUGUCCAUCCUGGGCCUUAAACUGGGAGUACAGGAAAAAGGGCAUCAUGGAGGAAAUCACCAGCUGUGACGCUGACAUCAUCAGCCUACAGGAGGUGGAGACAGAGCAGUACUACACGCUGUUUCUGGAAACACUAAAGGAGCGCGGCUACGACGGCUACUUCUGUCCAAAAUCUCGUGCCAAACUGGUUUCAGAACAGGAGAGGAAACACGUGGACGGCUGUGCCGUGUUCUUCAAGACUGAGAAGUUCGCUUUGGUUCAGAAACACACUGUGGAGUUCAAUCAGGUGGCCAUGGCUAACUCUGAGGGCUCAGAGGUCAUGCUGAACCGAGUGAUGACCAAAGACAACAUCGGGGUGGCUGUGCUGCUCGAGGUCAACAAGGACAUGUUCUCCGGUGGCAUGAAGCCGCCGCAGGAGAGGCAGCUUAUCCUGGUGGCGAACGCCCACAUGCACUGGGACCCCGAGUACUCGGACGUCAAGUUGAUCCAAACCAUGAUGUUCCUGUCAGAGCUGAAAAGCAUUGCUGAGAGGGCCUCGGGCUCCGUGGCAACAGGCUCGCCGACCUCUGACCCGUCCUCAAUCCCCAUCGUCCUGUGCGCUGACCUCAACUCGCUGCCUGACUCUGGUGUGGUGGAGUACCUGAGCAAUGGGGGAGUGGCUGAGAACCACAAAGACUUUAAGGAGCUACGCUACAACGAAUGUCUGACCAACUUCAGCUGCAACGGCAAGAACGGGAACUCAGACGGGAGCAUCACACACAGCUUCCAGCUGAAGAGCGCCUAUGACAGCAAUCUGAUGCCUUACACCAACUACACAUAUGACUUCAAGGGUGUGAUCGACUACAUCUUCUUCUCCAAGACCCACAUGGGCGUCCUGGGCGUGCUCGGACCGCUCGACAGCCAGUGGCUCAUAGACAACAACAUCACGGGCUGCCCCCACCCGCACAUCCCCUCGGACCACUUCUCCCUGCUGGCCCAGCUGGAGCUGCACCCUCCCCUGCCCCACCCGCUCAACCCCCUCAAUGGGCUGCACCUGCCGGUCCACAGUACCCGGCUGUCAUCACCUGAAAGCAGUUCACCUGUUAAUUUUGUCUCUGUGGAGCGCACCUCAUAACACUUUUUCUACAAACAACGUGCCUAGUUUGUACAGUUUCUCCAACAGCAGCACUGCCCAUGAGACCAAGACCCUCAGAGAUUAACCCAGCGCCAUCAUCCAGCCACCCAGCACCCUUCGAUCCAUCCCUCCAUCCCAACAUUUCAUGGGGUGAGAUUGUGAGGAAUUCAGUCCAAGGACAUUUUUGUUCCUCGGUUUCUGUUAAAUUGUCGCUCUCGCCUGUUUGUGGUUUCCCUGCUCGGAGAAAGAUUAUCACAGCCAUCAUCACAGUUUCUGAAUGUAGAAAUGCUCAUGUUUGAUAUCUGGCUGUGGUUGGUUUGGUUUUAUUUUCUGUCCACUGUUAAUUCUGACUGUGGUGGCUACAGUAUUGGCCUUCAGUCUCAACUCGAAUGUGAUGCCUGGCAAUAUUAACUGGAGGGAACACAGAGGAUUUUCAUUGUCACGUGUGUACUCGGACAUGUUGAAUUUGAUGGCUGUUGGCCGGCUCGCUGCAGAAUCUGGGAUUAUGCAACAUUUCAGAUGCAGUGCGUCCUGAACAUUUCCCAGAUUAAAGGGGACCUAUUGCUCAGUUCCAAAUCCACAUUUUUAUUCUUGGCUCUUCUGGAGCACCUUGGCUCAAAUAAUCCUUAUUUAAUCGUGCUGAGCCUUCAUGCAGCCACUCAGGUGUUUUAGCUCCCUUCCCCCUUCCCUUUAAGACCACUUUCUUCUGAUUGGGUGCCCCUCGUCAGCAGCAGGUGGGUGGGGCUUCUGUGCCUGAGAUGACCAUAUUAGGUAGGUCCAUUCUCUCUGACAUCAAAAUAGAUUAAAUAAUAGGAAAAAACUUACUAAAACAGGGUGUUUAGAUCAGCCUGAACUUUUAUUUGUACACUCUGACUUUUGGCCACUGGAGCAGAAAAUAAUGAAAAACCAGAAUAGGUCUCCUUUAAUGCUGUGAUUUGUCAAGCAAAUGAGGAAAAUCAGGAACUCCAAACACUUUCAACACUGAUGAGCAACUUUGUUUCCAAAUUUGAGAAAAUUCAAAUGACUGACAAGAAAUGCAAGCCUGUUAUUUCUGCAAACUGAAUUAAAGUAUUUUUAAAGUUUC